AUGAUCGUGAGGGUUGGAAAUCCGCAGUCGUUCAUCAGUAGCGUAAACAUGAUGCGUCGAAUUGUUUGUGUUGCAGUUUUGGUGCACUUUUGUCUUGCUGCACCGAGCGGGUACGUGUACGAAGAUUCACGGGAAAAUUCACUCGCCACUAGUGUAGAUCAGCUGCAUCCAUUCGAUCUGCUCAUCUUCACCCAACGCUGGCCGAUUACCGCUUGCUAUGAAUGGCGUGGAACGGGCAAAGAUCACAUCUGUGGCCUACCGUCACCUGCCACCGUCUGGACGAUUCAUGGCAUUUGGCCGACAAAGCGGAACACGAUUGGACCAGCCUUUUGUAACAAAUCAGCCAUUUUCGAUCCAACGCAACUCGGUCCGAUCGAGCAACAGCUCAAGGAACAUUGGUUAAAUGUGGAGAAAAACAAACCGGACGAUUCGCUGUGGGAACACGAAUGGUUAAAGCAUGGAACGUGUGCCGCCGAAGUUAUCGAACAGCUUAAUACGGAAGGCAAAUACUUCCAGCAGGGCCUUACCUGGUUGGAACAGCAUUCGGUCGAUGGAGCUUUUGCUGCGACCGGUGGCAUUCAACCCGGAUACAAUUACAGUCUGGCAACACUGAACAAAGUACUGUUCGAUUACUACAGAAAGGAUGUAGCGAUCGAAUGUUUUUACGAUCACAACACAAAACAACAGUUACUGAACGAAAUACGCAUCUGCUUCGAUAAGCAACUUCGGUCGGCCGAUUGCGAUGGAAUUGUGGGUAUGGAACGUACCGCAAUCCCCGAUUCGCGAGUGAGCUCGGCGAUAAGCAACUGUAACGCGACAAAACCCAUUUUCAUUCCGGCGAGUGUGCCGAAAGAUAUGCAACCGAAGGUGGAAGAUGCUGAUGAGGUGGUGUACGAUGCGAUUUAUGAAAUUAUCAACGGACAACCGGAUGGUCAGCAGCAAACGUACGAAUUUGUGAAUGUAAUUUUAGUUUAA